CUUGUAAAAACGUUAUAGUACUAACAUAAUAUACAUACAUAAGUUCAUUGGAGUCUACUCAGGAGCUCAGUGAGCUCGUGAACUCUGUGUCGUUCACUGUUCUACGCUCGUCCGUAUUCAACAUUAUUCAUUUGAAAGGCCAACGUGUGAGAUCGUACUAAUUGUUCUUUCGUGUUUUUCUUUUUUUCUUUUUCUUUUUUUAAAAUCGAUUAUAAUUUCGUAUCGUAGAAAAUACUUUUUCUUAUCUCUUUAAGGAAACUCGUUGUUGCAAAAGAUAAUAAAAUAAAAAUAGAGAAAUUUAUUAAUUUUAAAUACUUAUUGACUGAUUGAAAAAGAAUUUGUCCAUGAAUGCAAUACGCAAAGUAUUAAAGAUCGUUCAUUUGAUUUAACUCAUACACAGAACCAGUCUCUUUCUAGACUUUCAAGAAAAGAAAAAUCAUGGAAGAGUGUAGCGAGAUACAAUCGUUUUAUAAAGGCAAGACUAUAUUUAUUACUGGAGGAUCCGGUUUCAUGGGAAAAGUUCUUAUUGAGAAAUUAUUGUAUGCCUGUGACAAUCUUGAUAAAAUUUAUAUGUUAAUAAGACCCAAAAGAGGUCACAGUCCAGAUUCGCGUAUAGAAGAUAUGUUCAAAUUACCGUUGUUCUUAAGAUUGCGAAAAGAAAAGCCGGAAAUUAUAAAAAAAGUGAUACCUUUAGUUGGAGACAUUUUAUUGAACAAUCUCGGUCUCAGCGAUGAACAACGGGAGUGUUUAAUUAAUGAAACUCAAAUCGUUUUUAAUUUAGCAGCCGCGGUUAGAUUAGAGGCUAAAUUAAAGGACGCCAUCGAAUCUAACUUGGUCGGCACGAAGAGAGUAUUGGAACUUGGUAAGGCCAUGAAAAAGCUGGAGGCAUUCGUGCAUCUGAGUACGGCCUUUUGUCAUGUUGAUCAAAAGGAGCUAGGUGAACGAGUUUACGAUUCGCCGAAUGAUUCUCAGGACGUCAUAAAAUUUGUUCAAUGGAUGGAGGAAGACGUUGUCAAUCUCGUCACGUCUAAAUUAAUAGCACCGCAUCCAAAUACUUACACGUACACGAAAUGUUUGACGGAGAAUCUGGUCGCUGAUGAGUAUCCCCAUAUGCCAGUUGUCAUAACAAGACCAUCCAUUGUUUUACCGGCUAUCAGUGAACCUUUACCAGGUUGGGUGGAUAAUUUGAACGGGCCGAUAGGUAUCAUUAUUGGUGCUGGGAAAGGUGUAAUUAGGUCGAUGCAUUGUAACCCUAAUUAUCAUGCCGAAGUUAUACCCGUUGACUGGGCAAUUAAUGCAUUAAUCGUGAUAGCAUAUAAGAUAAGCAUAGAUCGUAACAAAUUGACAAACUGUCCGGUUUACAAUAUUACCCAGACAAGUAUAGAACGAAUGACAUGGGGUCAAAUUUUAGAGAAGGGAAAAGAGAUUAUUUAUGAUUAUCCUUUCGAAGGACAGAUAUGGUAUCCGGACGGCAAUAUACGGAAAAACAAAUUCAUUCAUAAUUUGUUUGUCUUCUUCUUUCACCUUAUACCGGCUUAUCUAAUCGACUUCCUGAUGUUAAUAUUUUGUCAAAAAAGAUUCAUGGUACAUAUUCAAAAAAAAAUUUCGAAUGGCCUCGAUUUCCUUCAAUAUUUCACCACGCGAAAAUGGAAGUUUCACAAUAUGAAUCUAUUGAACUUAUGGGGUGACAUGAAUCCAAAGGAUAGGGAACUGUUUCAAUUUGAUGCAACGAAUGUCGACAUGUUAGAGUACAUGAAGUUUAUUAUAUUGGGUGCGAGGCAAUAUUGCAUGAAAGAGGAUUUAUCUUCUUUACCGAGAGCACGCAUUCAUCAAAGGAUAAUGUACAUCAUUCACAUCACAACGGUAUAUCUGUUCUACUUCGGGAUAUUUUAUUUUAUAUACGAACACUGCGAGUUUGUUCAGGUUUUCGUCGAUUACCUCAUAAAUAAGAUCAAGAUGCUGCCAUUGUUGGGUAAUGUUAUUUAGGAGUAUUGUGUUAAGAAGAAAAUAGAAAAAAAAAAACACAACACAAAAGGAAAGAUCCAUUAAAAAUCAUUUAGAGUCUUUUUGUAUUGUAUUAAUAUAAUAUAUUGUAUAUUUGAUUUAUUUGAAGUAGUAUGUUAUCGAUAAAAGACUGACUAAUUCUGUAUAUUUAUGAAUCUUUCUUUCCUUUUUUUUUUUUUUUACUUUUUCUCUAUCUUCCGAUAUUUUUCCCCAUCUUUAUAUAUAUAGCGAAGUAAAAAAUCAAAAAAAAAGAAAAAAAAUCAAAAAAUAAAAUACAAAUAGAAAUGGAGAAAAAUGUCGAAAGAUGGACAAAAAUUAAAAAGAAAAAAAAGAAAAAAAAAAAGAAAAAAGAAAGAAAGAUUUAAAAGUGUACAAAAUUAGUUCGUCUUUUAUCGAUAACAAUAUCGACGAAUAACAUACUGCUUCAAAUAAAUCAAAUAUACAAUAUAUUAAUACAAUACAAAGGGACCCCAAAUGAUUUCGAAUAGAUCUUUUCUUUUAUUUUCUUUUUUUUGUUUUCUUAUAUAUAUAUAUAUAUAUAUAUAUAUAUAUAUAUUUCAUUUGUACGUACAAGUGUUUAAGAUACGAGAAAUUGGAUUUUCCUGCGUUGGUGUGCUGUUUUUUGUUAAGAAAAAAAAAAAGAAAAAAAAAAAAAGGAAAAACAGGAAAGAAAGAAUCUUCUAAGGGAAUGAUCGUAGUUCGUAAAUAAAUUGAAGCUUCGUUGAGUACGUGGAUCUUAGAUAUUGGCCAAAUAUAGAUACGCCUACGUACGUCAAAGUAAAGAAAAAAAAUGUAUCAGAAAGAGAGAGAGAGAGAGAGAGAGAGAGAGAGAGAGAGAGAAAAGAGAAGGAAGAAGAGAGGGGGAAACUAAUCAAGAGCAAGAUAAUAAAUAAAAAAUAAUUAUUAAAAAGUAUUAAAAAGUAUAUAAAAGUAAGUACAAAAGUUUUCUAUAUAUAUAUGUAUAUAUUUAUGUAUACAAGAUUUCUGUACAAUUUCAAAGUGGUUUAUUUUUUAUUUAUUAUCUUGCUCCCGAUUAGUUUUCCCUCUCUUCUUCUUUUUUCUUCUCUCUCUCUCUCUCUCUCUCUCUCUCUCUCUCUCUCUCUCUCUCCUUCUAUCUUUCUGAUACACAGACAGGUACACGGUAAAGUACUUACGUAUGGUUGCACGACGUGCAUUGAUUUUCACGUUAAAAUUUAACUUCGUUGACUUGGCUUUACGGUCACCGACGGGGAAAGGGUAUCUAUAUUACCCCUUUUUUUUCUUUCCCCCAAGCUUUUCCGCAAUUAUAUUACGCAAGAGAUCAUCACUAAUAUAACCAUCGAAUCGAAAAUGUGAAUGGAAGAAUAUAUUUUUAGCUGAUUUUUCAAACGUAUCUACGUUACGUGAUAAUGUUCGACGUAUGAAUGAUCCAGAGAGAUAUGAACGGCCAUAUAAUUUAUCAUUGAAGUAACGAAACAAGGAGAGAGAGAGAGAGAGAGAGAGAGAGAAUGGGAAAGCAGAAAUUUUAUCGUUAGAAAAAGUCAAUCAUAUCGGAGGAAGUGUUCGCGAUCAAGCAUGAAAUCACAUUCUCAAGAGUCUCUUAUAAAAGAAUAUUUAUAUGACGUUUUAAAGAGAUGUGGAUGAGUGAGUGAAAGAGACGAAGAGAUAAAGAGAAAUAUAUAUAUAUAUAUAUAUAUAUAUAUAUAUAUAUAUAUAUAUUGAGAGAGAGAAAGAGAGACUAGUAUUUGAUAUUUUUGGAUGUGUAUAUCACUAUCGAAAUCGAUAUCUCGAAAGAGUCGUUAUUCGGAUUUUAUACAAUAGAAUGCGAUCGUAAAGAAGUAAGACGUAUUGUAGGAUUUAUUGAAAUAAAACGUGACAAGAGAGGGUAAAAGAGAGACAAAGGUAAAAAAUAAAAAAAAAGAGAGAGAGAGAGAGAGAUUGAAGUGAGGACGAAUAUUUAAUUAGAAAAUUGUCAAAUUGCAUUGUUAGCCUUCAAAUGAUAUAAUGAAACAAAGAAAAGGGCUUGAAAUGAAGCAACAGUUAUUAGUUCCAAAUCGUAUGGCAGGAUGGCGCUGAGAAAUCCCAGCCAAACCCCAUUCCAUUAUUGAUCCACCCCCGCACACCCCCAAGAACGGACCACCAGCAGUGUCUUACUAAAGAAGCCUCUUUCUCCCUUUCUCUCCCUUUUCUCUUUCUCUCUCUCUCUCUCUCUCUCUUUCUCUCUCUCUGUCUCUUUCAUUUUUUUACCUCUGUCUCUUUCUUAUUCUCUAUUGUCACGUUUUAUUUCAAUAAAUCCUACAAUACGUCUUCUAUCUUUACGAUCGCAUUCUGUUGUCGUAUAAAAUGCGUAUAACGACUCUUUCGAGAUAUCGACUUUGAAAGUGAUAUAUAUCUCCAAAAAAAUUUGGAAGAAACAUAUCAAAUACUAGUCUCUUUCUUUCUCUCUCUCUCUCUCUCUCUCUCUCUCUCUCUCCUUUCUUUCUUUCUCUCUCUCUUUUUCUCUCUCUGUAUUCGCUUCGGUGACCUUCGUGUCUAAACUUCUCUUCGUAUAUACUUGCUUUUCCUUACCAUUAAAAUUCCAUCGACGAGAGAAUCGAGAUUGACCCGAUUCACGCGACCCUAUCGUCGUUUUCUCAACGAUCAGAGAGAGAGAGAGAGAGAGAGAGAGAGAUUCCUGGAUGCUCUUUUUACUUUUUACUAAUUUUGUGAAAAGGCGUGAGUAUAUAAAUAUAUGACGUAUAUAUAUAUAUAUAUAUAUAUAUAUAUAUAUAUAUAUAUAUAUAUAUGUUCUCGGAAAGUUCAAGGAUUACUGACGAAUAUAUAAGAAAAGGAUCAUGGCGUAUGGUUUAAUUUAUAAAUACUAGAAUCUUUUUUUACUUUAAUCAUAUAUUUUGAUGGGACUUUUCUUAAUUCAACUUUUAAUUGAGUUAUUUACUAUAAGAACUUAUUAGAUAGAUAUAUUUAAAUUUCAGAUUGAUUAAUAAAUAAACGAACUUUUGUUAUAUAUUUUUUUAUUCUUCUUUUUUGUUUUUUGGUUUUACCAUUACAAUUUAAACAUUUUGACAUGAAUUAUUUUCGACUAUAGUAAUGUGUAUGUUGUUUGCAAUGAAGUGCUUGCAUGGACGGAAAAAUAAUACACACACACACGUGAAUGUUCACACGUUUUCUACUCACAGUAUGGAUGUUAAAGUUAAUAAACUGUUUAUCUUUUAUCUUGAUUGAUUCUUGAAAUUGAAUGAACGAUUAACGGGAAUUAAUGGGUUUGGCCACAAGUUUUCAAGAUAAACGGGAAGAUAAAUGUUGAGGAUUAAAGAUACGAUAAAUGCAUAAUUGCAGAGAUGCGCAUAGCUAUAAUUAGACGUUUAUUUCUUUUAUUUUUUUUCUCUUUUUUUUUUUUCUUUCCUCAACAUUUAACAAUGUAGCAGUGACGAAAAGGAUGAAGUAAUGGUUAAUCGUUUAAUUCCAUUAGUCUUCCCAUAACGUUUGACCUAUUAUUCUCCGUUCAUUCGAGCCCACAAAUAAACCACUUUCUAACCACUUUGCUGGAGCAAUUUAUUCGGGAAAUGUUAGGGAGAAAAUGUUUCAGAAAUAAAAAAGAUCAUAAAAUUUAACGUUUCUCUGUGUUUUUCAUUAUAUACGUCUGUUUCAUUUUUGUGUUCAUGAAUUUAUAUCACAUGUGAAAUAAAGAAAGUGAAUCCAUUUGUCGAUAUUUA